AUGGCCUUUCUCUGGAAGGCGAUCGGCCUCUCCGACUCCAUACCGGGCUUCCCCUACACACCCAGCGGCGGCGGUGGCAGCACGACCGCCGUGACGCCCACCCUCACGUGGACAAUGCGCCCUGGCGUGGGCAGCGAGGAUGGGCGGGCGGUUACGAUCUUCUCCAUUAGUUUAUUAAAGGCUGACAGCGGGGUGAAGGAGUUGGCGCGACACGCGAUGCGGCGCGCGAAAAGCCUGCUGCUGCCUGGUCUCCUGCGCUGCUACGGGGCGGUGGAGCACCAAGAGACGGUGUACAUUGCCACGGAACCGUGCGAGCCGCUGCGUGCGGUGCUGCUGCGCUCUUCAGCCGCACGGAUUGACGAGGACGGCGACGAAGAGGAGGCGUUUUUGGAGGGUGUUGCGUUGGGCUUGAAGGCGGUUGGAACUGCCCUCACCGCAAUGCAUCGGAACAACUUUGUGCAUGGCAACGUCUCCUCCGACUCGAUCUUUGUUGUCGCAGGCGACGAGUGGCGCUUGUUUGGCCUCGAGCUGGUUAGUGUAUUUAACGAACCCCAUAGCAUUUACCAACGCUACGGCAUGCUGCUGCCGGAGGGGCGGCGGCCACCCGAAACUCUGCAAACAAGCUAUGAAGCUAGCCUGCACAUAAGCGACAUCGACUCGUGGGGGUUGGCGUGCCUCAUAUACGAGGUGCUGGGCGGGGCCCAUGGACGCACACGGAGCCUGCUAGAGGUGAACUGGAAGGCGAAUGACAUGCGUGGGUGCCGUAGUCUUCCGCGAACGCUGCAGAGUGGUUUUAUUGGCCUCUGUGCUGCCAAUCCAAAGAUGCGCCACGACGUGGGACGCUUCUUAAAUAGCAGUGAGUUCAUCGUUGGAAGCGAAUUUGUGCAGUGCAUGCAGGCCCUGGAUGAGUUGUCGCUGAAGGACACCGUGGAGCGGGAGCGAUUCUUCGAGCACCUCACAGAGGUUGUCGACACGUUUCCCAAAAAGGCGUGUAGGUGCCUGGUGCUACCAAAGCUCAAGGCCUCGUUGAAGUUUGGUGCCCUUCCGGCCGUCGUCGAGCCUGUGCUUAAAAUUGCCUCACAGAUCACCGCAGCGGAGCACUACGCUGCAUAUGUGGCACCCAUUAUUCUCACUCUCUUUGCCUCUCAGGACAGGAUGGUGCGCUAUCGGCUGCUUCAGCGCGCCUCCGAGUACGCGUCGCGGCUGCCAGCGGCCAUGGUGAGUGAGCAAUUGUGGCCCUACUUUAUGUCGGGGUUCAGCAGCCCCGUUCCAAGCAUUCGUGAGCACAGCGUGCGGGCCUUGGUUGCUUUUGCCGACAACCUAAGUGAGAAGAUCAUGAUCACUGAGGUUCCCAGGUUUAUUUCGCAGCUGCAGCAGGACACCGAGGGGGCCAUCCGCACGAAUGCCACCAUCAGUCUCUGCCUCAUGGCGGAGAAGUUACCUGCCGAGAACCGCUCGCACAUCCUCGUGAACGGGUUUGGCCGGAUGCUCAAGGAUCCUUUUGUGCCAAGUCGUCUUGGGGCCCUGCGCUCCUUUCAUACGUGCCUGGUGCACCUAACACCGCAGCACAUCGCGGAGCUGAUGCUUCCCGGCGUGGGGCCCCGCGCCGUGGACGACGUCCGUGAGGUGCGACAGGCGGCGUUGGAUGUGCUGCGUGAGGCGAUUGGUCGCCUCGACGAAUACAGCGCCCAGGCGCCUUCACAGGAGGCAAAGGCAGUUGCUGCCGCCGAGGCGACCGACGCGGCGGACGCCAAUAAGAAACCGGCCUCCUCCUGGUGGGGGUGGGCGCGGGGCGCCGCCGCCACGGCCACAGCGGUCGGCGAUGCAAAGGGUGAGCCUGUCUCAGAAGGCGGCGGCGGCGGCGGCGGCGGCGGCCCUGCGCUUGCGGGCGGGGGCUGGGACAACGGCGUCAGCAAAGUUCCUGCGACCCCUCCCUUAACAAGCAGCGCUGCGGCGACGAAGAUCCCCACGACGCGGGCGCCUGUGACCGAGUCGGGGUUCAGCGAUGAUGACGCGUGGGGCACCAACGACGACGAGGUCUCUUUCCAGGCGCCGCCGUCAGAGGACAGCAGCGUGACGGGGAAGUCCACCAGCCGGCAUAUCGACGUGCACGCUGUCAAUGAGUUAGCGAGAGGUGGUCGGGCGAUGAAGCUGCGCAAAAAGGGCCUUGGAGCCGCACGCCUCCAGUAG